AUGACCGACUCAUCAUCGACAAACCCGCCGUGGGCCUCACGCGUGAAGGCCGUUCUGGUUUCUACAUCUCCUCGCGAGAAUCCCUCUCUUGCCGGCUUUCGUUUUGCUUAUGAUAAGAAUACUAACCAAGGAUGCAUUUCUCUCAGUAUCAAGGCACAUCUAUCGAAUCGUCUGAGCGGUGAAGAAGAUACGCUGAUAUUGAGAGUCCCUCCCGAGUCGGUCAAAACAUGUAGCUUAAUCUCGGCCAGCGACGAAACACUUUGUUCAGACUAUUUUGCUUCGAAACUUCCGACGAGAGUAAAACACGUUCGGGACGUCUCAACACUGAUACUGGAACUUGAUCGGGCGCCUGCGGAGGGGACAGUUCUUUGCCCGUCUGAGAUGUCAUCUCCACUCCCCGCGACUCAUGGAGAUUGGAAUUUCGCUGCUUUUGCAAGGAUCUGUGAAUCCAAAUCUCUACGUAUUCAUUUUGCCGCGCGGCAGUUUGUGAGUGGCGAACUCGGGAUGCUGAAGGCUUUCGUCCGUGGCCUUGAGAAAAGAAGCCUUAAAGCAGUAUCUUUCGAUGACUCUCGCCAAGGUCUGGUCGAGAGAGUUUGGAAGGAUUUGAAUGUGUUGCUUGAGCGACCGCCAGAUUAUGAGGAGCCCGCGUCCGAGCAGGUCAAGCAAGCAGAUCCACCCCCGUAUAAUGAGGAACCCAAGUCAGCGCAUGUAGGUGCGAAACGGGCCCGAGGUAUUCCAUCAUCUAACCACUCGUUAAUCUCACCAUCCGAGGAUGACAGACGAAGGAGACCGCUCUUUACAUCCCCGGAACCGCCCUGCUGUCCCACCGAAGUUAAUACACCGAGUACUGUUCCGUCUCCCUCAUCCGCCUCGAUCCGGCCAACCGACUUCACACGCCGUUCCUCUCCAAGCCGUACGGAGCGUGACACACUUGCACGUCUCGAACAUAUGCUCCGUGGUGCUUCCGCCGACCUGAUCCGCAAAUUAUUGAUUCGAUUAGCAUCUCGAUGCCUACAGGCUGUACCCGAGGAUCCCGAGAGUCAUAUUCUGUCCGAUUCCGAGAAAAUUAUGCCUGCCCAGAUGGUGUCCAUGGAACGCCGCCUCGAACGCAUCGUCGAGGAGAAGAUCAAGUGUUUCAUCGAACCACAUAUCCUCAACGCGAUUAUCGACAGUGCCGUGAGCGAGUGCCGGGAUCAAUUCUUGGAUGACUGCCACCUUCACGAGACCGAGUUUCGCGACCAGGUGGAGGACAGUAACACCGAGGUACGCAUCACUGCCAACGACUGCAUGAAGGAGAUGGAGGAACAAGCCCAACGGCAUCUGGAGGAGAUCAAAGAGCAAGCACAGCAGUAUAUGCACAAGAUCGAGGACCAGGGAAUCGAGGCGGAGCUGUCGGCGGAGAAAAAGAUCUCUGGAUUAAAGCGUUGCUUGCAGAUGUCGGCGCCGUCGCUACCUAAUCACAUAUCAAGGCCUACUAGCCAGGACUUUACUAGCCCCAAGGGCAGGCGCAGCUCCAUCUAGUGCUUUCAGGUAGUGCAUGCAUGCAUCUCUUAGCAUUGCUGUCGGGGACCUGGGUAUAUAGGCUCACGAGAUGAUCAGUGAAGGGGCCCAGCAUUCAAUUGUAAAAUUCCAUCCCCUGUCUCUAUUUAUGCCAGUUCAUCGGAGGGACAUUCCGAAGCACGGAGAUUGAUGAACAUUUUGGAAGUCAUGCCUUACCUAGUCUUACUUUAGG